AUGUCUGAACAACCAAAGGAUGAUCAUAAGGUUGUAAAGAAAGAGAAGGAUAAGGAGAAGACGAAAGAGAAGAAGACAAAGACACCAAAGGAACCAAAGGAGAAGACAGCUAAGGAGCCAAAGGAACCAAAGACACCAAAAGAGAAGACACCAAAGGAACCUAAGGAACCAAAGGAACCAAAGACACCAAAGGAGAAGACACCAAAGGAGCCAAAGACACCAAAGGAGAAGACACCUAAAGAGCCAAAGACACCAAAGGAGCCAAAGACUCCAAAGGAGAAGACACCCAAGGCGCCCAAAGAGCCAAAGGCAAAGAAGGAGCCAAAGGCAAAGACUCCAAAGGAGCCAAAGGAGAAGGGCUCGGAGGAGAAGCCCAAGAGAGAGACAAAACGCAAGAAGGAUAAGGGUGAAGCAGCAGACGAUGACAAGGAUGGUUCGGUCAAGACUGUUGCACCACCCUCGCUGGUCCUCCCGCCGGGCGGGGUCGCCAAGCAAGCACAGACGCCUGCAGCUACUCAAGAACAGACACCAGCCGCUUCAAAGGGUAGAGAUAACAAGAAGAGGAUUGGCUCACCGCCCAGCGCUGCAUCACAGAGUGCUACCAAGAAGAAGAAGCGAGAUGUCGAGGACGAGGACUAUGACGAGGAGGAGGGCGCAGACAAGAGCGCAGUUGUAGAUGAUGAGGAUGAAGAGGAGGAGGACGAGGAGGAAGAGAGCGAAGAGGAGGAGGACGAGGAAGAGGACGAGGAUGAAGAGGAUGAGGAAGAGGAGGACGAAGAGGAAGAAGAAGAUGAAGAAAAUGAAGAGGAGAUUGAAGAGGCCGACGAAGGCGAAGAGGCAGAUGAAGAUGCAGAGGAUGACGAGACGACAGUGGCACUGACCAACGAAUCGGAUGCAGUGUCGCGUGAGGAUACAGCACUACUCGAGGAGAUCUUUGAGCGAUUCACUCAAGAACAAGCCACUCGCUAUGAGUUCUAUCGUCGAUCAAGUCUCAACCGAGCCAACGUCAAGAAGGUGAUGCAGAGUGUCAUCACAACGCCAGUCAAUCAGACAUCAGCCAUCAUCAUGGCCGGUAUCACCAAAGUGUUUGUUGGAGAGAUAGUAGAGUUUGCACGAUACAUCAUGGAGGAAUGGCGCGAGCCACCUGGACCUCUACGACCAAGACACAUCAGGGAGGCUUACAGACGUUUAAAGGAAGCAAACAAGGUGCCGUACUUCAAGCGAUUGAAUCCAAAGUUAAAUUGA